UCCGUCGUUCCCACUUCCUCUCACGCGUCUUUCUUCCCCUUCCGCGUCCCUGCUGCCUUCUUUCCUCCCCUUCUCUUUUUCUCGACCGCCGCGAACGAAAAUUAUGUGAAAGAAACAAAAUUCUCCGGAGCUUCUCCACGUCGUCUUCUUGCUCCAUGGAUUCUCUGGUCAAACCGCCAUAUGGAUUUAUAAAUUACGAGGCUUUUGAAUACUUGUAGCUGGGUCGGAUCGAGAAGAAGAAGUCGUCCUUCUUCAGGUUUUCUUUUGAAAGAAAUAUCGAAACCGUUGCUCGGAGCUGGAGGUUGGAGAAGAAAAUGUUGCUUUUUUAGCGAAUUUCUUGGAUUUUGGUGAGGCUCUGAAGGUGCUGUUCCAUCGUUUGGGGGGGAAGAUCAAAAAGGUCCUUUUUUGGAGCCUUUUUCUGGAUUUUGGCGAGGUGUUUAGGGUUUAUAGGGAGAGAGCUUUUGAUUGGGCUGCAUGCUUUUUUAGCUGAUUCCAGGACGGCAAUCGUGGAGAUGAGGAGAAAAAAGCGAGACUCGGUUGGAAGAUCGAAGCAAGAAAUGAUGAUGGGUUUCAGAAAGUAUGGAUUCGCCGUCGUUUGUGUCAUCUUGUUUCAUGUUCUGGUGACGAGAGGUUCUGCGGGGAGGCAGAGGCUCUUCUUGGGUUUGAGAGAUUUUUCUUUGGUGCAGGCAUCUCCAGAUACAAAUGAAGAUGCGGUCGAACAGAUGUGGCUUAAUUGUGGUAUAGAUAUUAAAGACAUAAAAGAAGUUGCAACAAGUUUUGAUCACUCUUUUACGAAAGGCAGCAUACAGGAAACCAUAACUCUUCUUCCUCCAGAAACUAAGCACACCUUUCUAAAUUGUUUGAGAAAGCAAAACUUUCUAUCGCCAGUCUCUCAAGAGGACAGUUUGAGAAAUUGGCAUGGUUUUUAUUUUGAGUCAUUAGGCUGGCAUCCUGCUUUAAGAAGGCGUUUAGCUGAUCAACCUUCUCCAAGUGCACCACCUGCCUGGGCCCCAGCCUCAGCUCCUUUAUCACCUGUAUCCCAGGGCGCUGGAGUUCAACCACCUCUUUAUGGUCGAGCACCAUCCUCUGUUUCUGCACCAUCAUCUGUUCCAGCACCUGCAAGCCCAGCAUUUCCUAAUCAAGUUUUUCAAGAUGUUACUUCCAGUGCCCAGUCUCCACUAUCUGAAUUUAGUCCAGAUUCUGCUCCAGUUGUAUCUGCAGGGAAGCAAAACAAUAGCAGAAAAUCAGUUGUUAUUGCCAUUAUUCUAACGGCAACAAGCACAUCUUUUCUUGCAGCAGGCAUCUUUAUUUGCUAUAAGAGAUGCCAUAGAAACAAUGGCUACUCAAGAUACAGCCAAAGGGAUGAUAGGCCACUUCUGAAUUUGAGUUUGAGUGACUUCUCUGAUAUUGGUUCUUCAGAAAAGUCUUCAGGCCAAGGAAACCCAAUUGACUCGAAUAAAUUGGGGGCUUUGCCUUUAAAACCUGACCCUAGCCAAAAUGAUCAUGUCUCAUUUUUACAUACUGGCUCAGCUCAAAUUUCACCAUCCGACUCACUGAUUUCCAACUUGUCUACUGAGACUUCUAAUGCACCAAGCAAUACUCCACCAAAAUCACCACCUCCUCCACCAAUGCCUCCUGUUCCAAAGGCUGCUCCCUCCCCUCCUGCCCCACCACCUCCACCACCCAAUAAGAAGCCUGGUGCGCCCCCUCCACCACCUCCAAAAGCUGUUUUACCUCCUCGUCCGCCAUUAGCAAGAUUACAUCAGCAACCAUCAGUUGGGCCAAAACCACCUCCUGGUCUGCCUUUCAGUGUGAAUGCUGACACUAAUGCACCAAAAGCCAAGCUGAAGCCAUUCUUCUGGGAUAAAGUUCUUGCGAACCCUGAUCAGUCUAUGGUCUGGAAUCAGAUUAAAUCGGGUUCCUUCCAGUUUAAUGAAGAGAUGAUAGAAAGUCUAUUUGGUUACAGCUCUGCUGAUAAAUACAAGAGCGAAGGAAAGAAGGAGUCAUUACUCAAAGAUCCUUCUCCUCAAUAUGUUCGAAUUCUUGAUCCAAAAAAGUCACACAAUUUAGCAAUUUCAUUAAGGGCACUGAAUGUGAGAAUAGAAGAAGUCUGCGAUGCACUUAGGGAAGGAAAUGAGCUUCCUACAGAAUUAAUCCAAACGUUGCUAAAAAUGUCUCCUACUGCUGAUGAAGAGCUACGGCUCAGACUAUAUACUGGUGAUCCUGCCCGAAUUGGCCCUGCAGAACAGUUCAUAAAGGCGCUGGUGGAUAUCCCUUUUGCUUAUCAACGGUUAGAUGCAAUGCUUUUAAUGGCUUCUCUACCUGAGGAAGCCUUGAGCACUAAGCAGUCAUUUUCAACAUUAAAGGUAGCAUGUACAGAGCUCAGAAAUAGUCGUCUAUUUUUAAAGCUAUUAGAAGCUGUUCUUAAAACCGGUAAUCGCAUGAAUGAUGGUACCUACCGUGGAGGAGCACAAGCCUUCAAACUUGACACACUCCUGAAGCUGGCAGAUGUCAAAGGAACUGAUGGGAAGACAACAUUGUUACAUUUUGUCGUUCAAGAGAUUAUCCGAUCUGAAGGUGUGCGUGCUAUUCGUCUGGCCAGGGAGCAGAGUGGGAGUAACUCCAGUCUGAAUUUGGAUAUAUUUACUGAUGAUACUUUCCAAGACUCUGAAGACCAUUACCAUAAACUUGGCCUUAAAGUUGUUUCAGGGUUAGGCCAUGAACUUGAGAAUGUCAAGAAGGCAGCAGGUUUGGAUGCCGAUGCUUUAACUAGUACAGUGGCAAGUCUUGGCCAUAGGCUGGUGAAGACAAAAGAGUUCCAGAAUACAAGCAUGAAAAGCAUGGAGGAAGAAAGUGGUUUUCACCACUCACUCAAGUGUUUCAUAGAGCAAGCUGAAGCUGAUGUCACUUUCUUACUGGAGGAAGAAAAGAGAAUAAGAUUAUUGGUGAAGAGCACUGUUGAUUAUUUCCAUGGAAGUGCAGGGAAGGAUGAGGGAUUUCAUCUGUUUGUGAUUGUCCGGGACUUUCUUGGGAUGGUAGCCAAGGCAUGCAAAGAAGUGAGAGAAUUACGGAAGAAAGUAACAAGAACGCCAGGUAGGGAAACAAGAACAUCUUCACCUGUUCGAGAUCCACGACAGUUGCUUUUUCCAGCAAUAAGGGAUCGGCGGGUUGAUAGUUCCAGUUCUGAUGAUGAUGAGAACUAACUUUAGAUGGAGGAGUUCUUCAGGACUCCAAAAUGUAGUGGCAUAUGAUUUAUUGGCAUGCUUUCCGUCGUGGUAUUUGUAAACUUGAACCUGUCUAUCUUCUCUGGCAGACACACGAACUAGAAGGCAGGGUAUUGGAAUCAUGAAGGAUUUCAUCUGGAUUGCCACGUGCCAUGAGUGAGGGUUGCAAAUACAUCUUGGAUUGGUCCUACAUAAGGCCCACCACAGGAAAAUUAGAAUGAUUGUAUUUAUGAUCAUUCUUUUGUUUUUUUAGGAAUGGAAAGAAAAGAAAUUAUAAGGAAAAGUUUGAAGCCUGAAUAUGAUUUCAGUUUUAGCUGUUAAUUUGUUCAGGGAAAACUAAAAAGUGUAGAUUUCUAUAUAUAUCGAUAUUUAUACUGUUUUAGACA